CUCAGAUAAUCACUUGAUUAGAUAACAUCACAACUCACUCUUGAUCAUUUGAUUUUCAGCGUCAAGAUUGUUUUCUAAACAACAAUAGUCAUGAGCGCCCGCCAGUCGUUUGUUCCUCGUUCAGCAUCUCGUGCUUCUACCCAUGCAGCUGCUGAACACCCGUUUGAUCAUAUGCCGCUCCGUGCACAGAAUUCCCUAGGCCACCCCCAACGCACUGGCGGCAUCCAGAAUGAGCUUGAACCAACGCAACAGAAGACAGAAUCAGAGAAAAGGACUCGCUUUUCAGGGAUGUUCCAAAAGCACAAACUCGCUGGCAAACUUGGCUCCGGCCCAGGGGACCAUCAAGCGGCCAUGGACGCGUCGUUCUCUAGCGCAUCGGGGCGUUUUAGCGGCAUUAACCGCCCUGACAUGCAAGCCUUAGCUCCUCCUCGCAGGUCUAGCUCUCCGUUCCGUGGCAAAGGAUCGCCUUUCGUUCCACCAUCCAAUCAAGGCAUAUCCUUUGCUCGGCCCACGUCCCCCAUGCCAAAAUCUGCAUCCCACAGAGGAGAUUUGACUAUUUCUGGUCUCAAAGACGCGCAUAUAUCCACUGCAAGUGUUGUUUCGGGGUUAAUCUCUACUUCUCGCAUCGUCGCAGCGCCUGUCCCGAGCUACGGGUCUAUUCACGACGGCGAAUGCGAUGACGAACACACAUUUAGCUCCAACAAAUCUUCUCAAGCCAAAUCGCAGUCUUUGCAACUCCUCGAGAGAAUCCAUGAAGACGUCGAGCCAGAGGCAGCAACAGAGGAUGAAGCACUAUUUGAUGCCCACAGGACGAACGUAGCCGUUCAUCCCAUGUUACGCAGGGUGAAGCGCACCAUCCAAGGCUCUCAGGAGGACGAGGCCGAUUUCUCGCCCCCUGAUGAGGUCGAAUAUAUGCAUAGAGUCAAACGGGUCAGGAUCGACGAGUUCCCCCACGAAUUGCCAGAUGGCCGUCCUGAUGACAGUAGCCACUCCUGUGUCGACCAUACUCAUAAUCGACAACAACCUCUUGAUAACGAUACGGCUCGUCAAUCUUCCCCUCCCACGAACCAACCUGGCGCGGGCCCCGCGGAGGAGAUUUCCCUUGAAGUCAUGUUCGCAAACAUAGAUUCGUUCCUGAAUGUGGAUACUUUCAUGGGCCUCGUUCAGAAGUGGUCUACCUGCUCGAGGGAAGAAUGGCUUCAUGGCUCUGAAGAAAUCGUCAACCAGUUCAAAGAUAUCAUUGACUGCGUCAAGGAAAGCCUCACAGCUAAUGUCACUCUUUACUCUCGUCUGGACGACCAAGUGCGCGAUCGCCGUGAGGAACAGGCUCAGCUCACCGAACAUUUGAGGCGAGGAUUGGGAUCGGCCAGGACAGAUCUGAUCGCUAUUUGCCGGGGGAAGUAACAUCGAAGCUGUGUGGUUAAUGCUGCGAUCAUGCAUGUGCUUCGCGAAACUCAGCGAUUCUAGUUUUCAAUCAUUCAAUUUGCAAAAUCGAAACCCUAUUUUUUUU